CUCUUAGUUACUCAAAUAUCCACCACACAUUGAAAUCUCCCAAUCCUCUACCGCUUCCCCCUCUUCUUCUAACACCAAGCCUUUUCCCUCUCCUCCGACUCUCCUCACUCCUUCAAGCUCUCACAAGCAGCAGAGCAAAUGGCUUCUGCUUCAGUAACCGCCGUUGUCUCUCUCCCCUCCUCUAAAUCCUCCUCCAUUCCUCCCUCCGCUCGAAUUUCAAUCUCACCGUGCGAAAGAAUCCACUUUCACAGAGCAAGAUUCCACCUUUCUUCUUCCCAGACUACCAGCAGAUUGAUAUCUGUCAGAGCUCAAGUAACCACUGAAGCUCCUGCAACGAUUGAGAAGGUCUCAAAGAAGGAUGAGGAGGGAGUCAUCACCAACAAGUUCAAGCCCAAGACGCCGUACAUUGGCCGUUGUCUCCUCAACACCAGGAUCACCGGCGACGAUGCUCCUGGAGAAACCUGGCACAUGGUCUUCAGCACCGAAGGGGAGAUUCCCUAUAGAGAAGGGCAGUCAGUUGGUGUCAUCGCCGAAGGAGUUGAUAAAAAUGGGAAGCCUCAUAAACUGAGGUUGUAUUCUAUUGCUAGCAGUGCUAUUGGGGAUUUUGGUGAUUCCAAAACAGUUUCUCUUUGUGUAAAGAGGGUAGUUUACACCAAUGAUCAAGGGGAGAUUGUUAAAGGAGUGUGCUCUAAUUUCUUAUGUGAUUUGAAGCCUGGGGAUCCUGUUAAGCUCACAGGGCCGGUUGGGAAAGAGAUGCUGAUGCCUAAGGAUCCCAAUGCUACUGUUAUAAUGCUUGGAACUGGAACUGGAAUUGCUCCUUUCCGUGGAUUCUUGUGGAAAAUGUUCUUUGAGAAGCAUGAGGAUUACAAGUUCAAUGGCCUAGCAUGGCUCUUCUUGGGAGUUCCCACUAGCUCCUCCUUGCUCUACAAAGAGGAGUUUGAGAAAAUGAAAGAGAAGGCUGCUGAUAAUUUCAGACUGGACUUCGCAGUGAGCAGAGAGCAGACUAAUGCCAAGGGAGAGAAGAUGUACAUCCAAACACGCAUGGCUGAAUAUGCAGAGGAACUGUGGAAGCUUCUCAAGAAAGAUAACACCUUUGUUUAUAUGUGUGGAUUGAAAGGCAUGGAGAAGGGUAUUGAUGAUAUCAUGUCCACUUUGGCUGCUAAGGAAGGUAUUGAAUGGAUUGAGUACAAAAAGGAGCUUAAGAGGAACGAGCAGUGGAAUGUUGAGGUGUAUUAGUGCUUUCUUCUUUCAUUUUCUAAUGGAAGUUCGCUUGUGUAAAUAGUUAACUUGUUCUGUGUAUUGUGUUACAUAAUUGUUUUGUUGCAAGGCAGCUUAUUAUUGCUGUUAUUUCUCAAGUUUUUAUAGCAAUAGAGGUGGAAUAAUGUAACGUGGCCAUGAACAGUACCUUGCAACUCAAAACUAAAUUCCAGUAUCCCAUUUUUCUCA